AUUCAGUAACCGUGUAGUUAUCUUGAUGGUAGCGUACACCACAUAAUCCGUAAAUGAAGUGAAAAUUUGCUUGUGCGGGAGCCAUUUUACAACGUAGACGAAAUUUUCCAAACGGAAAAUCACCCGGAUAUACCGCCCGCCCCCGUGCGAACGGAUCUCGGUGUGUAACUUGAGAUGCACCCCUUGUGUUGACCCCGUCCUCUCCGUGGUGGUGCGGAAAUUAAAAGAAUAACGUAAAACUAUUAAUAUUUAUUUGGUUUACGUCCGGUUAUUGCGGUUACAAAGUGGUCCCUGGAAUACAAAUCAUGGGCAAUAAUGCCGCAACGGCCAACAAAAAAGUCGACUCCGCAGAGAGCGUCAAAGAAUUUCUCGAUCAAGCCAAAGAGGAUUUUGAAGAAAAAUGGAAAAAGAAUCCGACAAACACAGCUAGUUUAGAUGAUUUCGAACGUAUUAAAACGUUGGGAACGGGAAGUUUCGGAAGGGUUAUGAUCGUACAACAUAAACCGACUAAAGAAUACUACGCAAUGAAGAUCCUCGAUAAGCAAAAGGUGGUUAAAUUGAAACAAGUCGAACAUACACUUAACGAAAAACGAAUUCUCCAAGCGAUUUCGUUUCCGUUUUUGGUAAGCCUCAAGUUCCAUUUUAAAGACAAUUCCAAUUUGUACAUGGUUCUCGAAUAUGUACCGGGAGGUGAGAUGUUUUCGCAUCUCCGCAAAGUGGGUCGUUUUUCCGAACCUCAUUCGCGUUUUUACGCCGCCCAAAUUGUGCUCGCUUUCGAGUAUCUACAUUAUUUAGAUCUGAUUUAUAGAGAUCUGAAACCGGAGAAUCUUCUGAUAGAUUCGCAAGGUUAUCUUAAAGUUACCGAUUUUGGUUUUGCCAAAAGAGUUAAAGGAAGAACUUGGACUCUAUGUGGAACACCUGAGUAUUUAGCACCAGAAAUUAUUCUCAGUAAAGGUUAUAAUAAAGCUGUGGAUUGGUGGGCUUUAGGAGUUUUGGUUUAUGAAAUGGCAGCUGGGUAUCCACCCUUUUUCGCUGACCAACCCAUCCAAAUUUAUGAAAAAAUCGUCUCUGGAAAAGUCAGAUUCCCCUCACACUUUGGUUCCGAUUUAAAAGAUUUAUUGAGGAAUUUACUCCAAGUUGAUUUAACAAAACGAUAUGGAAAUUUAAAGGCGGGUGUUAAUGAUAUCAAGGGGCACAAGUGGUUUACAUCAACCGAUUGGAUUGCAAUCUUUCAAAAGAAAAUCGAAGCUCCAUUUAUCCCUCGAUGCAAAGGCCCAGGAGAUACAAGCAACUUUGACGAUUACGAAGAGGAAGCGCUACGCAUUUCAUCAACAGAAAAAUGCGCCAAAGAAUUCGCCGAAUUCUAAGUGGAAAGAAAUAUAAUUAUGAAUUUAAGAAAAAAAAACAAAGCGUGAGUGUAUGUUAAUUAUUAUCAUUUCUUUUUGUUGCUUUUUAUUUUCGUUUUAAUUUAAGUGAGAGAAAUAUUGAUCUUCCUUGAUAAUUGUUACAACUAAUAGAUUAGAAAUUAAUUCUUAUUUUGGUUUAAAAAAAGUAAAAUAAGAAAAAAAAACUUUAUCUUUUAAUUUAAAAUUAAUUU